UCUCAAUUCCUUAUACUACCAUUUUCUCUGUAACCAUUUUAACCUCAAUGCACUCUUGGUUUCCUGAAAUGAAGAAAUCAACUGGAGCAUCAGAAUUAAGCACUCAUCAAGUUGGAAAUUUUGCUAGCAUUUCUUCUGCCACUGGGAUAUCAGAGCUUGAACAAAUGGUGAAACAAAUGACUUUUACUAGGUAUGAAGCACAGCGCUUGAUGGCUUUGGUGCAUUCCAGAAUCAUGGAGGAGUCACUAACUCCUCUUUUAAGGCUUGAAGCAUCAACAACAAGUGGCCCGAUGAAAAGACAUAAACAUGGAGAUGAGAGGGAUAACUUCCAUGCUUCCAUUGUUCUUGAAGAUGAGAUUGUUCGAGAUUCAACGUUUACUAAUAAUAAUGGGACACACCUUCCAAUCACAUCAAUGGCUUCAACGCAACACCCGGCGACUAUGGAGAAUCUCCCGGGGGAGCUUUUAGAAAACAUAUUCAUCCGCUUAUUUGCCAAACAACUUGCUCAAAUGAGAUCAGUCUCCAAAUCAUGGAAUGCCCUUUUAUCUCAUUCCUCUUUUGUAAAAUCCCACCUCCAUCGUUCCAUCCAUCACAACGAUCAAAUUCUCUUGGUCUUCCAAGAUGAAGAAGAAUUUUCUUCUUUUUACUACUUUAAACCAUUCACUGCAAAACUGAGUCGAUUUCUCCGUCUUAAGGUCGCUAAUUUCAUCAAAGUCCCAGUUAACCCCCAAUCCGGACAUACAGAUAGCAUCAGGAUUAUUGGCACUGUUAACGGCUUAACAUGCUCUUCCUACAAUAAUGAUUCUGUCAUUCACAUUUGGAACCCUUCUCUUUCAGCCGUGUCAACUCUUCCGCCAUAUUCCACGCCCUCCCCUUGUUACAGUUCGAUCAAAGUCUAUUUUAGGUUUGGUUUUGAUCCCAAAACAGAUGAUUACAAAGUUGUCAAGCUCACAGGCCUUAGCGGACCCACAUAUGUCGUUAAAUCGUGGCUGCAAGUCGAGAUUUAUAGUAUGAGAAAGGGUUUGUGGGAGAUGAUCACUGAAAGGUUUCCCUCACACAUCACAACCAUUACCAAUGGCAAUUAUGUUUGUGUGGAUGGCCAUGCCGGGCAUCUUCAUUGGCUUGGUUAUAUUAACAGGAAGAUGGGUCCAAAAACAAUAGUGGCAUUUGAUUUGGGUUCAGAGACAUUCCGUGAGAUACCUCCUCCAGAUUCUAUACUAGAUGGAGAUGAUAACCGUCAAGAUAUUUUAGGAGUUUUGGCUGAAAAGCUUUGUGUGAUUACACAUUUUAGGGUUGAUGGUACUUGUGAUGUGUGGGUGAUGGAUAAGUAUAGGGUGGCUGAAUCAUGGGUGAAACGCCAUGUCUUCUCACUGAUUAUAGGUGAUUAUACAUCUGUAUUUGGAUUCACAUCACGCAAUGAAUUUCUCUUUGAGGAUAUGGAUACGUUGUCUUGUACGAUCCAAAUGCAAAUGCACUGA